AUGCUGGCCUUGUCUGUGUCUGGGGACAAGGCAGCCUCCCCCAGCCCCGUGCUGCAGAACGAGUCAUGCAUGUCCCAAGUGGUGGCUGUGGUAGCUGUGGAGAGGACACAGUACACAGUUAAAACAUCAGGGGCAUCAUUUCUGAAAGGUGCGCACACAAAAAAGACACUAAGCCAGAUUUCCCGCAAAGGUUGGUAUUUAUCCAUUUUGAACUUGACGGGAAAGUGUGCGUAUAUGAACGCAAAUAUCGGACCAUGCGUACGCACAACUUCUAGUGGUUUGUCAACUGUAUUGCAAGCAAAUAUUGUUAUUUUGGGGGAAAUGGAGGUGUUUGAGGCAUGGGAAUUAUAAUAAUGGUAGGCUAAUAAAAACAUAAAAACAGGCCUAGUGAUAAAACAGGUGCAUUUGCCAUUGGUAUGGAAAUUGCAUAGCAGCAUGACGCCAAACAUGUCUCUCCAUUUCUGACAUGACUAAUUUAUUCCCGCUACACAUUUAACCAUCGCUCACUGAAUAGCCAACCAUGCUCAAAAGUAAAUAGACCGGUAGCCUCUUUAGAAUAUUUGACAGUAGGCUAUGGGUAGGCUACAGUAUUGCUGUGCGAUAGGAGCGCGACAUCAUAGCCUAUUUAAUCUCAGAACCUAUACCAAGGCAGGAGAUAGAAACACAAUAAUGUAUUCAUUUAAAAAAAUAUUGAACAACAAUUUGUCUUUUGCAUAGAAGUGUGGGCUGUAGCAUUUACUUUUAAAUUGUUCGAUUAGACAAUCAAUCUUGCAAAUUGUGAGGCCAGAGUUUGGCACUCGCUAUAGGCGGCAUGCAUUUUUUGUUGAAAAAAGUCACUACAAAAUAUUAAAUACACUCUGCCCAAACCGCUACAAAAAUGUGAUCAAAUUUGCCAUUGCGUUUUCAUUUAGAAACUGUCAUGGCCCAGUUCCAACAUCUCCAAAUCAUACAGCAAAUGAGGCCGUUUUUGUUACCAAAUAAGGUGAAUGGAGGGUGUUUUCCAGGCGGGAUUGUAACGCUCGCUCACGAGCGUAGAAACAUAGUAUGGCUUUGAUUUAUCAAUGAAAACAUGCGUAUAUGUUGUGUGCGACAGUUUGAUAAAUCACAAUAAUUUGUUGCGCACAGAAAUCCUAGAAUCUCCAGGUAGGCCAGAAUUUAAUGAGAAAUGUAUGCAUGGUUGAUAAAUGAGGCCCCUGAUAUAGAGGCAUGAAAGGCUAUUUAGGUUCUCAUUUUUGUUAAAAUUUUUGUUUAUACAAUCUCUGGGCAGACUGACUAGGCUGUGCUUAGGUGGUAGCCAUUGUGACUGUAAGAGAGGUGAGAUUCACCAUGAGCAGCCAGGCACUCUGAAGGUAGAGACAAUUAGCUGCUCUCCAUUUCUUCUUUUUUUUCUGUAUAUUGCAAAUCAGCUUUUAGCUGUGAAUGUGUACAAGACAGCCUAACCAAAAAUAAAUAUAUUGAUAUAAGAACAACAGACAAGAGGACUCUCAUAUCUCAUACCAAGGAGUACAAAGUACAAAGUGCAUUCUGACCUGCCUUGGUCUUCGGCGCUCCGUAAACAUCUGCAUGGAAUGCUCCAUGUACUUAUCAUUCCCCAUUCUGUUCUAACAGAGCUCCAUGUACAGAUUGUUCCUCUCUCUAUCAGACAGGGUGAAGGACAGAAGUUGCAUGCAUAGUUAUCAAAACAACAUUUCAAGCGUGGAUCUAUUCUACAUUAUGAGCAACUGAGGCCUGAGCCUGGAAUCUACAUAACUUCAAUAUACAGUGCCUUUGGAAAGUAUUCAGACCCCUUGACUUUUUCCACAUUUUGUUACGUUACAGCCUUAUUCUUAAACUGAUUAAAUAAAUAAAAAGUCCUCAGCAAUCUACACACAAUACCCCAUAAUGACGAAGUGUAAACAGGUUUUUAGAAAUGUUUGCAAAUGUAUUAAAAAUAAAAAACAGAAAUACCUUAUUUACAUAAGUAUUCAGACCCUUUGCUAUGAGACUAGAAAUUGAGCUCAGGUGCACCCUGUUUCCAUUGAUCAUCCAUGAGAUGUUUCUACAACUUGACUGGAGUCCACCUGUGGCAAUUCAAUUGAUUUGACAUGAUUUGGAAAGGCACACACCUGUCUAUAUAAGGUCCCACAGUUGACAGUGCAUGUCAGAACAAAAACCAAGCCAUUAGGUCGAAGGAAUUGUCCGUAGAGCUCAGAGACAGGAUUGUGUCGAGGCACAGAUCUGGGGAAGGGUACCAAAACAUUUCUGCAGCAUUGAAGGUCCCCAAGAACACAGUGGCCUCCAUCAUUCUUAAAUGGAAGUUUGGAACAACGAAGACUCUUCCUAGAGCUGGCCGCCCGGCCAAAUGUUGAAAAAGUCAAGGGGUCUGAAUACUUUCUGUAAUGAGCUAUUACAAUCUGAGUCUGGAAAGAGUGAGUGCUUGCUUGACAAAUUCAGCCAACCAUGCUUGACCAUUGGAUGAUGUAAUCGUUUUAUGGUAUUGCAUUGCCCAACAAAAGAAGUGUCAUGAUGUAACUUGGCUAACAUUUCUUGCUGACCUUGUGUUGAUUUUCUCAUAACACCGAAGGUACUUUUUAAGAGCAAUGUCACCUCUGUUAAGCAAUUAUAUGUUAAAAAAAUGUAUCUCAUUUUUUUCUCCAUAAUUCAAGGAUAUUGACACCAGCCUACUACAAUGGAAGUCCUGAUGCAUCACCUUUGGCAGAGAGUCUUGCCCUGCCUACACAGAGCACUCCCUAUAAAAGCCAUUCGAGCUGUGCUGCUGGACAUGCCCCAAAGCCAACCCCCACUGACUCAUCUCCCGACCUAGCACACACCUUCCCCUAGUCUCCCGUCUCUUCAAGCCCUCCAACCUGCGUGAUGUGGGCCAGGAGAAGCGUGCUCAGGGACUGAUGCAGCAGGCAGAUCUCAUCCACCCUUCCAACCCUGGCAGCUACUACUACCUCCCGGCCACCGUGCACUCCAUGGAGAAGCUGGUUAGGCUGAUCGACCAGGAGAUGCAGGGGAUCGGUGGGCAGAAGCUGGACAUGCCCAGCCUGUGUUCGGCAGAGCUGUGGAGACGCAGUGAGCGCUGGGACCUAAUGGGGAAAGAGCUGUUUCGCCUGAGGGACCGCCACGGGGCGGAAUACUGCCUGGGCCCCACCCAUGAGGAGGCUGUGACCGAGCUGCUGGCCUCUCAGGGAACCCUGUCCUACAGACAGCUGCCUCUGCUGCUCUACCAGGUAUAGGCUACAGUAUGGCAGCCAAUUAAGCCUGAUUCAUUAGUUUAUUCAGAGUGUGCCUUCUUUCUUCUUUUCAUCCACUUGGGUUGAUAUUAUAAUGGUAAUAAACUGAUGUGUGUUUCACUUGUAUAUGCAGAUCACCCGCAAGUUCCGUGAUGAGCCGAAGCCUCAGUUUGGGCUUCUACGCGGGCGGGAGUUCUACAUGAAGGACAUGUCCACGUUUGACAUGAGCGAAGAGGCUGCAUACCACACAUAUGAAUCUGUGUGUCAGGCUUACACCCGCCUUUUCUCCCGGCUAGGCCUGUGCAUUGUCUGUGGUAGCUGCUCUUUCUCUGCCAAUGUGGAGACCAUGGAACCAGGCCGGACAGACUGCCCACAGUGCCAGGAGGGAACCCUGGUGGAGUCUAAGGGCAUAGAGGUAGGCCAUACGUUCUACCUAGGCAGCAAGUACUCCCACAUAUUCAACGCCACCUUCAACAACACCCAGAACAAGCCUGUUGUCACUGAGAUGGGCUGCUUCGGGCUGGGGGUUACCCGGAUCCUCGCUGCAGCCAUCGAGUUGAUGUCCACAUUUUACAUUUUAGUCAUUUAGCAGACGCUCUUAUCCAGAGCGAUUUACAGGAGCAAUUAGGGUUAAGUGCCUUGCUUAAGGGCACAUUGACAGAUUUUUCACCUAGUCGGCUUGGGGAUUAGAACCAGCGACCUUUCGGUUACUGGCACAACGCUCUUACCCACUAAGCUACCUGCCGUCCACGGAGGAGGCUAUCCACUGGCCUGGGCUGCUUGCCCCCUACCAGGUCUGUGUUCUGCCCCCUAAAAGGGGCAGUAAGGUGGAUGAGGUGGCUGGUUUAGCUGAGGAGCUGGCCCUCAUUCUGGGGGAGGCUCUGCCUAGGCUAAGAGGUGAGGUGAUUCUGGAUGACCGGACACAGAUGACCAUUGGUAAGAGGCUGAAGGAUACCCGUAUGUGGUGGUAGUGGGGCAGAAGACUGCCGAGGAGACACCCAGGUUUGAGGUGAUCUGUCAGCAAACUGGUGAGACAACGUUCCUCAGUAGGGAUGGGCUGGUAGACCUACUCAGAUGCGUGGAGACAGUCUGA